AGGCUGUGAAAUGUAACGAUGACAUGUGUCAGGAACUUGGAACACUGCAAGGCUGAGAAGGGAAGAGUAGUGGAAGGUGUUGUUUCUUUGCCUGGAAGAUUUCCUUCCUGAUCGCUGUCUGGAGGUGGCUGCAGAGAAAAGAUCAUUAUCCAUGUUUCAGCACCUUUGUGGGAAUCUGAGGAUUUUCUUUAGCCCCGCCUUCUUCUGCGCUAUCUCGCGAGAGCUGCCUUUCUCCUUCUCGCGAGAGUGGACUGAGCGACAGCUUUGGGGCGGGGCGGAAGAGCUGCUGAUGUCUUCUGGUGAAGUUGUUUGGUGACCUGUUUUCUCUGCUGAGCUGGACCCCAGGUCCUCUUGCUUCAAACCUACCACUCUGCGCUGUACCCCACUGCCUGUAUGGUGCAGAGGAAAGAACACUGGACUUGAAGUCAGAAGAACUGGGUUUCAGUCCCAGCCGUGUCACUUAUUAGCCUUGUGACCUUAGGUUGUUUUUGGAGUAAUUCUUCACUGAUUAAUCACAAACAACAUUGCUAUGGAUACUUAUCAGAUUGUUAAAAGCAGUAAAAUGAAGACAAUGAAGGCUACAGUAUCCAUCAAAAAAAGCUUCAUUGAAGGUGUACUUCAUUCUAUAAAGUCUUUGUUACAGAGCCAAAAGGAAUUAUGCAGUGUGUCAGCAGAGGAAUACUUAAAGCCAGAGGAACAAGCCAAUAUGAUUGAGGUUACCUUUCUAGGUUUCAAUGGAGAAACAGACUCUGGUCAUAUACAGGACUUAACUACAGUUUCUUUGGAACUCCCAGAUCUUCUGAAUUCUAUCCACUUCUGCAAUCUAAAUGAAAAUGAGAUUAUUUUUCUGAAGGAUAUAAAUAAGUUACCUGAAACAAAUGCUGACCCUCAAAAACAGAAUCUUUUUUCUAGUGUGCUUUGCGUAAUGAAAGUAUCUCCAGCAACAUUCCCAAGAUUCAGAGUUGACUUUGUAUUCAAUCUGCUAAGCAAAUAUGCCACAGGCAUCAGAUAUACCUUGGACACAUACUUACGUCAGAAACGUCAACUGGAGAAAUCUCAUGGAGAUGACGAUGACACUAAUCAGUCAGUGUCUUCUAUUGAGGAUGAUUUUGUCACUGCAUUUGAACAGUUAGAUGAAGAGGAACCUUCCAAGAUGCACAGUGAUGGAAUGAGCUUGGCUACAUUGCGGAGCCAAUGUGAUGCUGCUUCACAGACUAUUCCUGCUCACUGUUUAGAAGCUAGUGAUUCAGAGGUCCUGGUUAGCUCUGUGCAACAGAAGUCAGUGGCCAAGGAUUCACCUUCCCUAAUAAAUGUUUUGGGAUUUAAGGAGCGACCUUCUAAUGUGAAAAAUUCAGUUACAACAUCUAUUUCUGAACCUUGGACUCAAAGGAGUUUCUACAAGUUAUGUCAUCCUUCAGAUACAGGUGUAACUUUACAAAAAACACAGUUUUCAUCUUCUCCUGCUGAUUCAUCUGAAUCAGAAUGUUCAAGCCCAAGCCCUGUUAUUUUCUUAGAUGAAGAAGGGUAUCAAAAAAGCUUAAAAGCAAAACUUGAGUUGCCCAAGAUUCCUGUAGGGAAAGAUGGUAUAGAAGACUCAGAUUCUGAAAUAGGUGAAUUUUUUGACAGUUUUGAUCAGUUUGAUGAGUUAGAACAAGCUUCAGAUGCUUCUUGUCAACUUAAAUGGGAACCUGUCUUAGGAAAUACAUCCAAAAAAAGAGUGCACAAACAUGGGAAAUCUUGUUCUAUUACCACUACCAUGAAUCCUCAGAAGUUCAAGUUUGAUCGUCCCACUCUCCCAGCUAAUGUAAGAAAACCAACUCCUCGUAAACCAGAAUCCCCCUAUAGUAAUUUGUGUGAUGUCCCAGACUCCCCUCGCCCAGUGAAGACAACAGGGGAAGACAGCGGCUUGUUUAGUCCCAUCCGAUCUUCAGCUUUCAGCCCUCUGGGGAAUUGCACUACUACAGAAUGCUACUGCCACAUUGAUGUCAGUGAAGAGAGGUUUAAUGAAAAUCAUGAUAACAUUUAUCAUGCUUAUUCAGAUUAUGCAAACAAUGUUUCAUGUGAAAUACUUGGCUCUGUUUUUCAUUCUCAGUUAGUUCCCAAACACACUGAAAAUAUAUCUUGCAUUGAUAGUAUUGUGUCCACAGAGGGGAAAAUACUAACUAUAGACCUUAAACGCAGGGAACUUGAUUGGAAAGUAAGAUCAAAACGCAAAUCUUUAAUGAUUAAGGAGAAUAUUCAGAAAUUUGCUGCUGACCUUGUGGAAAAAAGUUUUGGCCAUGCUUUUAAAGACUUACAGAAGGGAGUCUCUUCCUGUACCAGUGCACUCUGUAGUUUAGCAGUGAAAUUGACGUCCUCGGUCUUUGAUAUGGCAUUUAAUGAAAUUGGAAGGCGGAGAGCCUUUUUGUUGAAAAAGCGUGCCAUCAAUGGUUUGGCCAACUUUCUGGUUGGGGAUGCUCUAACCAGCGCUUUACGAGAUUUACACUAUGUCAAGAAGCAGAUAUUUACCAACACUGCUGCCAGGUUUGCUGCAGACCUUGCUGAAGAACUUAUUUUUGAAGGCCUUAUGGAAGUGUGCCAGUUUUCCCAUCCACCAACGCCCACAGGGACACACGACAGCCCUUUUGAUUAUGAAGACAAAGUAGUUAGGUCAUAUGCUAAGGAUUUGUCUGAAUCUGUCAUACAGGAAGCAUUCAUUGAGCUAUCACAAGUUGAUGUGACUUUUACCACAAAAGCAGCAAUUAGUGUCUCAAUGGAUAACAUCAAGUAUGUCAGCGCAGAAAGUGUGUUGCAGUCAACACAAACCUCAACUUCUUUCCCUGCUUGUCACAAUCAAGUACUGACAGCCUUGAAUCUAGUACAGGACUAUAGAAAAGAAUACACAGUGCAGCAGGCCUUGUUUUGUACUUCUGGUGUUGUAACCUCUAUACCAGUGCCCUUGGCAGGAAGGGCCCUUGGCAGACAUCAUGCUUCAUCUAAUAUACGUCAGGAGAGUUCUCACCAGCCAUCAGAUAAUAGUCAUCAAGCAUACAAUGAUUCUACCCAAACAUACUUUAUGGCAAAAAAUAGGGAAGAGGAAGCAGCUUGUCUUAGAAAUAGUAAACUGCCUUCAAACCACAAUCCAAGUAAUGAAAACAACUAUGAGUUUUCAUAUAACCAGAAUGAUCUUAAAUUAACAAAUAGCAUUGGAAUCAAUAGCUGUUCAGAAUUAGCCUGUGGUCUAUCAGCUAUCAAUAGUUUCUCUGGAACAAUGGUAGAUAUGAUAGUAACUGAAACAUAUGAAGCAAUUGCCUCCUCCAGACUUACCAAAGCAGUUGGAGAAUCUUCAGAUUAUUUAAUGAAAGACAAAGCUUUACCACAUGGUGGAGCAACUCUACAGCCUGGUGAAAGUAGCUCUAAAAACUAUUUUGCUGAUCAUUUAUCUAAAUACAUUAUAAAGCACUCCAUAGAUGAAAGCAAAUUGGUAGCAUCAAAUAAUAAGAAUGUGGCACACAGUGCAGGUAUCCCAACAUGUGCAGGCAGUAUUAGAAAAGAUAUAUCUAGUUUGAUAAAGAAACAUGAAACAACAGAGAAGCAACAGUUUUUGCCUGCCCUUAAAGAAGAGCCACAGCUGACCUCAAAUAAGCCAACCAACUUUCAAGAUGGGCUGGAUCAGUCUAUUCAAGAUAUGUCUUCAUUAGUAAAGGAUUAUGUUCCAGAAUAUAAAGGAUCCAUGGGUCCCAAGCUGUCUUCAGGUACUCUGCUACCUUGUCCAGAUGUAACAUCCCAAAGACAGAAUACAGAAGAACUCUCUGAGGCAAUGGACUCUUCAUUAAAACACUUUGACAAAUCAAUGAAAAAACAUGACCUGAAUAAAACUGUGCUUGGUCCUAUGCCUUUGGGGCAAGAAAUAUGGUUUUCUCCUGCUCAUACUUUCUCACCUACAGUGCUUCCUGGUGAAGACAUUUCACAAGGGGAGGAUAAACAGAAAAUCAGAGAUGGGAACAUAAUACCUGAUACCCCUCCACCAACUCCUCUAGUACCACCUCAGACUAGUUCAGAGCAGAACUUAAGGAAAUUAACCAAAAAGCUCAAAGGAGAAUUAGCAAAAGAAUUUGCACCUGCUACACCACCUUCUACACCUCGAAAUCCAUCUCUUAGUGGCCUCUCUGAAAGUGAGCAAAAUACCAUAGAAAAAGAAGAGUUUAUGUUGAAACUGAUGAGGUCCCUUUCAGAAGAAGUUGAAAGCAGUGAAGAUGAAGACUAUCCAGAAAUGCAUGUGAAAUCAGAGUGCUCAGAGAAAACAGCCCAGUAUGCAAAUAAUUUAGCUACACAUAUAAUUUCUUUGGCAACUGACAUGGCUGCUUCCUAUUUACAUGAUAAAAGCUUCCAAGCACCUAGUACAAAAUCUCAUUUAAAUGUUCAGAGCCAAACAUCUGGAUAUAUUACACUUGUAAAUAAAGAUGAGACUUUACAGUGCUUACAGGAUUUUGCUGGUGAUGUGGCAGGGGACGUCAUCAGAGAGGCUAAGAAAAUAGUAAAAUCAAAACAUUCUAAACUACUGAGGCUUAAGAAGAAUAACUGUCAUAUGGAUAGUCUUUGUCUAAAAAGAGAUGAGAGAGACUAUUGCUCAAAAGAGAAGUGGAAUAUACAGGUUGAACAGUGGCCAAGAGAAGUUGAGCCACUUAACCAUUCAUUAUUUCAGAAUACCUACAUGUCAGGUCUGACAUCUAAGUAUCCCAGCUGUGAAAGUGUGACGGAUGAGUAUGCUGGGCACAUUAUCCAAGUUCUGAAAAGGGAAGGUGCUAAUAGUGAGUUAAUAAUGGAUCAGUUUGCUAGUCGACUUGCUUAUAGAUCUGUUAAAUUAGGACUGCAACAAGCAGCUAGGAAAAUCCAACUGAAAUAUAAUAAAAAAAUAUUCCCUGUACGAAGCUCACAGAUGAACAGUAAGAGUGACCUGUUAAAAUUCUUGAAUAAAGAUAAGCACCAAAUAGAUAAAAAAGGACAAGGCAAAAGAAAUAUUGGUCAUCUUUGUGAAAACCAAGCUGAUGAAGGGGUUAAACCUACACACAAAAUUGACUGUCCAGAGUUGUUAAGAUUUUCAGACUCUCUUGCUUACAGCAUAACACGGGAUGUCACAAGAAAGCUACAGAUGUCCACAGUUGGCUUGCCAAAAUCUUUAACAGAUUCUUGCCUUUAUAAAAAAUCUACAUGUGAGGAAGAUAGGGGGGGUUAUGUUGAAUCAGCAUUUUCGAAAUCUCUUCAACUUUCUUCUCCAAAACAAAAACUUUACCACAGCACAAGCAGCUUAAAUGAAUAUGAGUAUGGCGACAGCAUCAUUCAAGCUAUCGAGCAAUAUGCCAAAAAAAUAGUAGAAGACACUUUAGAAAUAAGUUUGGAAUCUGCAGUUCUCCAAGUUUCUAAGAACAGAAAAUCAGCAGAUAGGUUUACUUAUGCUGAAAAGUUGUCACCAUUUUCUAGUACAGCUUGCAGGUAUUGUAACCUGAAAGAACACCAGGACUGUAUGGAAAAAUCAUCACAAUACUUUUUUGGACAGGAGCCUUCUGCUAGAAAUAAACCAGUAUCUAAUUCAAAACUUGGAAUUGGCUGUCAGAAGUCUAGACUUUUUCACCUCGAUGUUCCCAGAAUCCAUAUUGAUCUCGAACAGAAGGUGGUGUUAGCUGAAAAGAUAGUUGCUGCAGCUAUCGAAAAAGCAGAAAGAGAGCUAAAUAAUACCAGUCUGGCAGCUGAUAGUGGAAUUGGAAAAGACGGUGUGAGUUUUGCAGACAGCCUUACCGCAGAAAUAAUGACUUCAGCUAUGACGAAUAUUGGGCACAAUGUUAACAUCAGUUCAAUGGGAAAAGAAGGAUUUCAGUCAGUUGAGUCUGUUGGUAGCCAGCAGAUGAGUCUGAGUAUUGGUGAUGACAGUAGUUGGUCUAAUCUAAGUUUCGAAGAUGACCAUCAGGACGAGAGCAGCAGUUUUCUUCAUCUCAGUGACAGUAAUGGUAACAGCAGUAGCUGGAGCAGUCUUGGUUUAGAAGGAGAUAUGUAUGAGGAGAAUUUAUCCUUUCCAACAUCAGACAGUGAUGGGACAGAUGAUAAAGAUGAAGAACAUAAACAUGCUAUAGAAGGUUUGGAGAAAGUUGGGAAGAAACUACUAAUAGUGAAUAUUGAUAUGGCCCCAUGUGCUGUGGAUCCUCAGCUGAGACUUGCCCUUCAGUGGCUAGCUGCUUCUGAGGCAGAGGUGGAACAACUUUAUUUCCAUGACUCUGCAAAGAAAGAAUUCAUGCUGCUUUCAAAAAGAGUACGAGAGAAAGAAUGGAAAGUGGGAGACCUCUUGCAGGCAGUUCUUAAAUAUUAUGAAAUGAUGGAAAAGGCUUCUGAUGAGGAGAAAUGCAAACCUCUGUUUUGUUGGAUCUUGGAAAAUGCAUAAAACAAAUCCAGCCACUGUACAUUUUAUUCCUCCUUUUGAAUGAAAAGAUAUGUAUGCAGGAUAAAAUGUAACUUGCAAAUAUUAACAUUGUUAGCAUAGUUGAAGGUGAAUAAAUAACCUUUUUUGAGUUAUUUGUGAUAUAUACCCAGUAUGAUAAUCCAGUUCAUAUCUUUGUAAUCUGUAUUGGAAUAUUAUCUUCAUUUAUUCUUCUAUCCAUGUGUUUGUCAUAUUCAGAAUAAGAAAUUGGUAUAUGAAGGAAAGUCUGAUGAUGAAGCUCUCAGGUGACUUUGUCUAGCAGGAUUUUCAUUGUGUCCAAUAGUGCUGCUAAAAACUGCAUUUGUGAUUUAUUGAAAACUUUUAUUACUGAGAUGGCUGUUAAUAGAAUCUAGCCAGCUAAUAAGAUUUAUAACACUUUUACCUGCCACAGUUUUGCAACAUACAUGCCCCUUUGGGAAAAAAUAGUAUUAAUGACAAAUUUGACAUCAAGUGUCAAUAAGAUUGAAGCUAGUUUUUUCUUCUGGAAAAAUUUGUCAUUUGGCCAAUCUUUUUAAAUCAUAGUUUUAUUUUUCAUAGUUAAGAUACUAUCAAACUUCUAUUGUAACUGCUUGAAACAGAAUAUAAUUUAUUAAAGAGCAGCUACAUUAAAAUUUUAAAGUUGCUACAAAUAUCAGAAGUGACAGGUUUAAUAAUCUUUAAUCAAUUAAAAAAAGUUAUUUGCCAAUAUUGCCAAUUUAUGUUGGAGUGAAAGUGUGUAUGUGAGAAUGUGUGUAAGUAAACAUCCUCUUGGCUUUGCAAAUGAUUUUUGCCCUAUUUCUAAGAUUUCCUUUUAUUUUAUUGUCUUAGGAGAACUCACUGUUGAAUAUUAUAAAGGUGCUUUAAAAUCUGACAUCACAAACAAGAAGAGUUUUGAUUUCUCUUUGUUGCUAAUUGCAUGUUAAAUUUCCAAUUUUACCCAAUAAUGUAAUACUAAAAAUAGAGAUUAAAUUGAAAAACAAUCCUAGAGCAGACAGGCAUUGCAUAGAAACAGUCGCACAGUUGAUUGACAGAUUUUACAAUAACAAUUCGGUCUAGUAUCAGGUUUUUUUCAGAUGAGGUAAGACUGUCCUAAAUUCCAGAAAAUGUGGUGUUGGCCUUUUAAAAAAUAUUUUAAACAUAUGCUUUUUUCCUACAAAAUAGUAUUUCACCAACCCUUUGGAUGAAGUGUUUCUUGCUACUUGUUGCUGUAAAUUGAAAUUUGAUACAAGUUAGAAAUUAGGAGAUCUACAAUAAUAUUACAUCAUUAGUUUUUAAUUCAACUUUCAGUUUUCCUAAUAGCUAGAAGGCCUUCCCCACAUCCCUCAUUAUGGGUAAUUCUAUUUCUGUUAUCUUUUUUCCCUGAGCACAGAAUAGAAGGCAUGGCCUUUUCCCAGAGCACUUAUAUUGAGUAAUAGUAUUAUUGUUACAGUGAAGUUCUCUUACCUUUUUUUUUUAAAGCAAAGUGCUAAAAAGUAUUUGAAAACCUUCAGAGGUUUUGUGGCAAACUUUGAGAUUGUUUCAUAUAGGAAAACUACCAGAAUAGACCAAACCAGUACCAUUUCUGUUAUUUCAUCUUCAAGUUUUUUUUUUUAAUUGGACCAAGAAAUGCAGGUAGAAUUUUUACUACUUUUUCAGACAGUGAUAUGAAGAAUCAGUGGGCUGCUAUAAAUAUUAGGAUUAUUUUAUUAAUCAUAAGGUAGAUUAAUUGCAUAUUAGAUUUUAGAUCAUAUUUUUCAAUAUCUUUUUUUAAAGGUCUGUCAUUGCAUUUAACAUGCGUAGUCAAUCAGCAGCAAACCAAAAUUCUGAUUUUGUUUUAUUCUGAAGUGGCAAUAUAACCAGUUGCUUUGCAAAUCUUUUUCCAAACACAUAGAUGUUUGCAGUUCUCUCAGUAAUUCUUGUUUUCAGCUUAGAUUCUAUUCUGCUUAUAUUCUUGCCAUCCUCACAGUUCUUUGGAACAUUACUGAGUUCAAAGAUCCAUUAUAGAAGUACUGAGUUGUUAAUAAAUGUGAUUACUGAUAAUAAAAAAAUAACGGAAAUAUCAUAUUUUUAUCAGGACAGUGACAUAGAAAUAAAUUUUAAAGAGAUGUCAUGAUAGGCAUUACUUAAAUUUCUUUGUAGAUAGAAAACAAUAAGAUUCAAUCAGUACAGUCAAUCAACCCCACAGUUCAAAAUAAUUUUUCUCUGAGAUGCCUCUGUGUGUGGGGUGUGUGUGUGUGUGGGGGGGAGAUUGGGAGAUUGAGAGAUUGAAAGAUUGAUUGAUUGAUUUUUUUUCCCAGUGAUAUUCCAGUUUAUUUUGACUGUUUAGGUUGUGCUUUAACUCUGUUUGGGACAGCUGUCAUUGACAUUUUUUAGUGACAAAAACUGCUUGGUGUUCUAAUUUCAUAGAGUGUCUAAUUUGUGGGGAUUUUAAUCCUGGUGAAAUGUAAUGAUAUGUUCUGACCUGUUUAAAGUAGUGACUGGUAUCGAAUUUUGUAUAAAUCAGUUCCAUCUUGAGCCAUUGCAAGAAGUGUAGAAAUAAAAAUCUAAAAAAGACUGAAGAUACAAUGAGAUAUGGCUUAGUACAACUUUAUUUUUAGAUUAAUUAAAGUAUGUACUAAGAUUUGGUUCUUUUAGAUGGUCACUUUCACAAAAAGAGAUUUGUCAUUUUUUGGUAUGUUUAAAAUUAGUACCUGAUUUAAGACUUUGUUUUACAUAAUGAUUCCUUCACAAACCAUAGAAGGAAUCACAAGAUUUGAUAAGGAGUGGGGGAACAUUUGAAAAUCCUUUGUUAAGAAAAGUCUUACAGAUAUAUGUGGUAGUGUCUUUAUUUUAAAAAUGCUUGCAAAUUUUAAAUAAAUCAUCUGUAAAGCUUUAGUUUAGCCUAAAUAAUGGGUUUUAUUUUGCUGCUGAGAAGAGUUUAAAUUGCUUAUUAAAUGUGCCAUUUAGUAGCAUAAAAAUGGGUAGUUUACUCAUGUGACCUUGAAGGAAUUGGAAUUAAACUUUGCAUUUGGAAGAAAGUACUAUCUCAUCAAUGUGUGUUUUGGUGCUGGUUCAGCAAACAUUAUUCUUCAAGAUUUGAUAUUGUCAGUAAUUCAACUUAUUAAUAUAUCAUACUUUGAAAUUUACUGUUUUCUAACGUAACUUUCCAUAUCUUUUUGUGGAGGGGAGGGUGGGGAAGGAAAGGAAAAGGGAGAAAAGGGAAGGGUACAUGGAAAUAUGGAACUAUUUAUUCAUCCUUUGGGUGUGAAAGGGCACCCAAAAUUACAAAUCCCCUCGCCAGCACAGGAAGUUUAUACAAAUUAGUGGAUAUUGAUGAUUAUUAGUACUAAAAGGCAAAAAUAAUUGUUUUUUUCUGGUUUCCUUCUGUGCUGCUUUUUUUCUUUGGGGUAGAAAAAGUAACCAUAUACAAAUGUCAGCAAGACACUUUUCCAAGCAUUUACUGUAUUCUUGUUCUCAAGAGACAGAUGCAGUAUUAGCUACUCUAAUUAUGUUUUGUAACAUCUGUGUACAUUCCUUUUGUAUAGGUGAAGUUAUAGUUUUACAAGUUCAUUGUUAGGUUUGAAUGGUAUUUAAUAUUAAUUGGAUUUGCUAUUUUUGUUAAUUGUGCAGUAGUAUAGUAAUUCACAACCUUAGUUCAAUGAGUCAGAUGUAUACUGAAAACAGUAACUAUGUAACUCAGUCUUGUAUUUUGUAACGGUGUCAUAAUUUUUCAGUUUCCAAAUGAUGAACUCCAGUUGCACUCAAUUGUCUUUGUUUUCACAGUGGCUUAAAAUAAACAUUUCAAAAAAUA